CCUCCCCCGGCGGCGGCGGCGGGGUGGGACCAACCUCUCCCAGCAGCCGCACCGUCCGCACUCGUAGCUGCGCUGCUCCAGCCGCCUGCUCUGUGGGCUCCGCUCAGCUCCGCGCCGCCUCGCGUCGCACCGGGCCUGGCCCUCGCCGCCUCUUCCUUUCCUUGGGAAAAGGGAGUUUCCAGAAAAAGCAAGUGAGCCGCGCGCUGCCCCGGCCCCAACCUCACUCCCACCGCCCUACGCCGUGCUCGCAGCCACCGGGCCCAGGCAGACGGGGAGCGGCUUGGCUCGGCUCCCGGGCCCCAGCUUCACGAGUAAAAAAAGGCUCUUUGAACGGCGAUGACUGCGGAGGAGAUGAAGGCGGCGGAGAGCAACGCGCAGUCGGCCCCGUUGCCCUUGGAGGGGGUGGACAUUAGCCCCAAACAAGAUGAAGGCGUGCUGAAGGUGAUCAAGCGAGAGGGGACAGGUACGGAAACUCCCAUGAUCGGCGACAAGGUCACCGUACACUAUACCGGCUGGCUGCUGGAUGGUACCAAAUUUGACUCCAGCUUGGAUCGAAAGGACAAGUUCUCCUUUGACUUGGGCAAAGGGGAGGUAAUCAAAGCCUGGGACAUCGCUGUGGCCACCAUGAAAAUUGGAGAAGUCUGCCACAUCACUUGCAAAGCAGAAUAUGCCUAUGGUGCAUCUGGCAGCCCUCCCAUGAUCCCCCCCAAUGCUACCCUGGUGUUUGAGGUGGAACUAUUUGAUUUUAAGGGAGAAGAUCUUACUGAGGAGGAGGAUGGUGGAAUCAUCCGCAGGAUACGGAGUCGAGGCGAGGGCUACUCCAGGCCGAAUGAGGGUGCUAGAGUGGAAGUUGUGCUAGAGGGUCACCAUAAAGGCCGGGUCUUUGACCAGCGAGAGUUAAGCUUUGAGAUUGGAGAGGGUGAGAACUAUGAUCUUCCCCCUGGACUAGAAAAGGCGAUUCAGCGAAUGGAGAAGGGAGAGAACUCUAUUGUCCACCUUAAGCCCAGCUAUGGUUUUGGGAGUGCUGGGAAGGAGAAGUUUCAAAUCCCAGGGGAUGCUGAGCUACAGUAUGAAGUGACACUCAAGAGCUUUGAAAAGGCCAAGGAGUCUUGGGAGAUGAAUGCAGAGGAGAAGCUUGAGCAGAGUGCCAUAGUGAAAGAACGGGGUACAGUGUACUUCAAGGAAGGCAAGUAUAAGCAAGCCAUGCUUCAGUACAAGAAGAUUGUGUCCUGGCUAGAAUACAAGCUGGACUUCUCUGAAGAGGAAGGACAGCAAGCCCAGGCUCGGGCACUGAGACUGGCUUCACACCUUAACUUGGCCAUGUGUCACCUCAAACUGCAGUUGUUUUCUGCUGCCGUGGAGAGCUGCAAUAAGGCCCUAGAGCUGGACGACAACAAUGAGAAAGGCCUUUUUCGUCGGGGGGAGGCCUAUCUGGCUAUGAAUGACUUUGAGCUGGCGAGGGAUGAUUUUCAGAAGGUCCUCAAACUCUACCCCAGCAACAAGGCUGCCAGAACCCAACUGACUGUCUGCCAACAGCGGAUCCGUGAACAGCAUGCCAGGGAGAAGAAGCUUUAUGCUAACAUGUUCCAGAGAUUGGCUGAGAAAGAGAACAAGCCUGAGGCAGAACCAGCUGGGGGAGACUUUCCAUCUGAUGCAGAGAUGAAGGAUGACCAGCAGAAUGGUGUGGAAGUGAGCAAGUCUCAAGUGGAGGCAGAAGCAUAGCCAGCCCUCCAACCCCACUCCCACGGCUGCCUACCUCCCAUGCCCUAACCUUCCCUACUCCACCCUGUUAGUUUUGUAAAAAACAAACAAACAAACAAACAGAAAAAGACAAAAAAAACCUGAAGAAUUUUGAGUGAAUUAGACCUUUAUUUUUCUAUCUGGUUGAAAGGUGACUUUAGGGAAGAGGAAAGGAACAGGUUUGUUGGGGUUGGGUAGGGGAUGUUUUUGGAAAGGUAAUCCUUUCUACUCCCCCCCAAAAAUGUUAAUUUAUUUUGCUCCUUCCACAGCCUGAUCCAUUUUUACAUUGGGAGGGGAUCUAGUCUUGAAGCUGGGGUGUAAAGGGAGAAAUACAGAACACCCCCCCCUUCUCCUCUGGUGGUGCAGGGGAGUAUAACAAAAACAAAACAAAAGCCACUGCUGUUUCCCUGGCUUCCAUUUGUUCCUUUUCUAGUCCCAGACUUUGUGGCAGUUGGUCCUUUCUGGUAUCAUGGUGACCACGUUCAUGUUUGCUCCCAUUUUUUCUUAAUGAUAGCUAUGUCUUCUCAAGCCCUUGCCUGUUCUGUGUUGUACCCAUCCCUGUUCCUUUGGCCUAUUACCUGCACGACAUUGAAGAUCCAGGCUCUCAAGUUCCAUACUUGAGCAAUAAAAUGGAAACAACCAAA